AUGGCAGACACUGGGAUGGAGAUCUUCAUCAGGAAUAUUCCAGAGUCCGUCUCCGUCAACCACCUCACACUUGAACUCGCAACCAUCCUGCAUGGGCCUCUCUUCCACGGCCUCGCGGCUCCUAGGUUCAAUUUCGAGAUACGCUUCAUACAACCGCGAAAGAAGGGACCCUGUCGCAUCGGCACUCUCACUCUACCGUCGUUGGAAGUCGGACACCGCUUCCUCGAAGUAUACGGUCAGCUUCCACGCCGACAGUUGGUUGUCAACAACAACCGAAUACUCUUCUCCCUGAGCAACAAGCCCGCUCGCCCAGAGGUCGUCGAUCGGAUUCGCCGAAUACCAUAUGAGGAUCCCCGAGCGGCCUACGACCGGGAACAGCGGAACACAGAACUCCAGGCGCUUGAAGUCCACAUCGACGUCAUCCAGUUCGGCUGGUUCUGCGUUGAUCACGUUUACUCGGUCGAGUGGGAGCGACCAUGCCGGGCGUCCUUGGAGUUCGAUGCAGAUCGCAGGGAGUUUCGCAUCAAGGAGAGCGCAACAGAGCUGUUUGGGAGCUCACGCAUCAUAGCCAUCCGGGCCAACCAGACGUAUUGGGUGUCGGCAGGUGUACACCAGCCAUCGGGCCGCCCGGUCAUCAUGUUCAGCCUCAUGCAUCCUCCGACUUUCGAAUCAGAAUCUGCGGUCAAUGCCAUCGUCUCCAUCCUGGGGGGUGGCCAGCCCCCGAAGCGACAGCGUCUCACCGCCUUCGACGCAGAUCAUGAAGACAUAGCUCCAUACACCUCCUCUGCCAUCCGUCUUCAGUGCGAGUCCGUCGAAGACCUCAAGAACUUUUGUACUUUCGCGAAAGCUGCCCAUGCCCAGGUCGUAGACUCCCCGUACCCUAUUGAGCGGCGGAACCUGUUCUCGCAAGAACUUCGCGAUCAGUACCGCACGUGGGUGCUGCCUUGGCUCGUGGCUUUUCAGGUCGAGGCUCUUCUGCGGUCAUGGCUCGUUAGUCUCGCAGAUCUCAUGGCGCUCCGCCCGUCGAUCGACAGACUUCUUCGGCGCAAGGGUCCAGAGGAAGGACCGGAGUACAUGGCCGCUCUUCUUCAAGACUUCAAGGGUCGCGCGAAAGCGCUGUAUUGGUAUGGCGAAGAUCGAGAUGCCUCUACAAAUAUUCCUCAACGCGGUUCUUCGAACGAAGUCACCUCCAUCCCCGAUCUUUUCAGGCGCGUCUCCUCUACAUUCGUUCACAGGCCGUUGCAAAACCCGACGGCCGUCGAGGAUCCUACAGCGCCCUUCCAAUGCCUCCGAGUGAUCAUUACUCCUACUACCAUGAUCCUCGACGGCCCCUUUCCAGAGCGUUCCAAUCGCAUUAUCCGAACCUACACCAAAAACCAAGACAGCUUUCUUCGCGUUAGUUUUCAAGACGAAAACCGACUUCAAUUCCGUUUCGACAGAGAAGUGGACGGCCCCGCCUUCAUCAAUCGUCGUAUUAAACGUGUCUUGCUCGAUGGUCUGAACAUUGUCGGCCGGUUUCCAUUCCGCUUCUUGGCAUAUUCUCAAUCAUCUCUGAAGGAGCACGCGGUGUGGUUUGUGAAACCUUUCCGUCACAGGACACCCACCGGACAAACCAUCAUAGUCGAUGCCGAAACGAUCAUCGCAAGCAUAGGCAACUUCCGCGACCUACCCUUCGACCCCAACCUCAUAAGAUGCCCUGCUCGCUACGCUGCUCGGAUCUCUCAGGCCUUCACCGCUACAGAUGCGUCCGUCGAAGUUCCCGUCACUCAGGUCACGCGUGGUCCUGACGUCAAAGAUGCGACCAAUCAAUAUACCUUCACAGACGGUGUCGGUACCAUCUCCCCAGAGCUGGCAAAAGCUAUCUGGGCAACACUGCAAGGAAGACGACGACGUGGACGCAAGGAUCGGACUUAUCCCCGAGCCUACCAGGUUCGCUUCCAGGGUUCCAAAGGGAUGUUGAGCGUAGACUACACGCAGCAGGGAAUGUCCAUCCUCUUGCGCCCCUCGAUGAUCAAAUUCGAAGCUCCCCCGGGGUCCGGGAUCAUUGAAAUCGCACGCGCGUUCGACAAGCCCGGACCAUAUAUCCUCAAUCGCCCACUCAUCACGUUGCUCGAGGGCCUAGGAGUCCCAUACACCGUUUUCGAGAGCUUACAGGAUGACGCCGAGGCCAGUGCCAAAGGUUCCAUCGAGUCUCUCGAACGAUCCGCGCGGCUGCUGGAGUCACACGGGUUAGGCACCUCGUUUCGCCUGGUGUCGACUAUGGUCAACCUACACAAGCUCGGAGUCCAGCCUCCCCACGACGACUUUUGGAGACAAAUGAUGGAUUUUGCGAUCAAUCACGUCCUCCGAGAACUGAAGCAUCACGCGCGUAUCCCAGUCCCAGGUUCUGACUGUUGGACCCUUGUUGGGGUGGCUGACGUCUACGGAUACCUCCGAGAGGGAGAAGUCUUUGCCUGCGUUGAUUCCCCACACGAGUCGGGCCUCAUCUACCUUUCUGGAGACAUCCUCGUCUCCCGCUCCCCGACUAUCCACCCCGGUGACGUCCAAGUUGUCCGCGCAAUAGGUCGUCCGCCUCCAAAUUCGCCGUUCGCAAGGGAACCGCUUAGGAACACUGUGGUCUUUUCUAUACGAGGAGGUGGUGAUCUCGACGGGGACGUGUACAAUGUGACUACAAGACACGACCUCCUGCCACAGAGUAGCUAUCCCCCUGCGACCUAUGCACCGGCGGACAAGAAAUAUGUUGACCAUGACAGCACCAUGGAGGACGUUGCCGAGUUCGUGGCGGAAUAUAUCAGCAGCGACACUCUCGGAAUUAUAGCCAUCACAUGGCUCAUCAUCGCGGAUCAAAGUUCGGAAGGAAUCUUCGACAAGGACUGUCUCACACUCUCCGAGCUCCAUAGUGACGCGGUCGAUUAUCCUAAGAGCGGACAGCGCGUCCCGUUAGAAAAGAUCCCAAAGCUCAAGUACAAGCAGAAACCUGACUGGAAUGCCCCGGAGACCCUGAGGAAAGAAAACGAAUCCUACUAUCCUAGCAGUCGCGCGAUCGGCAAACUCUUCCGCCGCAUCGAUCUGCCCGCAGUUGCUGUGGUUCAACAUACCCGGCGCGAUCAACGCAGACGCUUGCAGCGUCACGACGAAGUGGAGACAUUUUCUCAGGAAACCCUCCAGAUGGUCUACGAAGACUCCGAUGUCGACGAGGUCGAGGUCGCCGUCCGGCAACGCGUGGACGAGUUCAUUUACACGGAGGAUCGUGACGAUGCAGCGGUCGAGGACAUCUGGAAACUCUACGUCUCCUUCACGUCCCAGCUACGGACGAUCUGCGCGGACCACACGCUUUCCAAUGAUCGCUCGAGGAUGCUGACCGAGGAGGAGGCUGCCGUUGGAACUAUCGUGGCGAAGUCUCAACGGGACUUGUUCUCCGCUGCGGUCGAGUCAGACUACGAAGCGUGGACCAAGACUCUACCGUGGAAAGUCGUGUUUCACAUCGAAGCCAUCCUUCGCCAAUGGCUCGCGAACAUGGUGGAAUUGCUUUCACUCCGUCGUUCCAUCGACCAAAUCUUGCGCCAACAUGGUCGAGAUUAUACCGCAGCCCUCCUCCGUAGUUUCGUCCCCAAAUUGACGACCCUCUUCAACUACGGCGGCGAGCCUAGCAAUCCGGACACCGGGUCUCGACGACGGGGACCUCAAGCAGACAACGUCGUAUUCAAACUUUUCGCCGAACAUCACGCAACUUUCGUCCACGGCUCCCUCGACUCGAUCUUAGAGGUCGAUGAUCCCUUCGCCCCUUUCAACUGCCUCCGCAUGACCAUCACUCCUACCACGACCCAUCUAUCUGGCCCAUUUCCUGAGCAAUCCAAUCGCGUAAUGCGAACCUACAGGCGCAACCAAGACAGCUUCGUACGCGUCAGCUUCAGAGACGAAGAUCGUCUUCAAUAUCGCUUCAACUCGGACGUCGACGGAAGCGAACUCAUCGACCGGCGGGUAAGAGAUAUCAUGGUCGAUGGCUUCGAGGUCGCCGGAGCCCAUUUCGAGUUCCUCGCCUACUCUCAAUCCGCUUUGAAGGAACACGCUGUCUGGUUCGUCAAGACUUUCAAGCAUGUCGAUGCUUCUGGUCGUGUUCACUUCGUGAAUGCGGACACCAUCAUUGCUAGUCUAGGCAAUUUCCGAAACCUGUCUUUCGACCCUCACCUCAUGCGGUGCCCUGCUCGCUAUGCAGCUCGUAUCUCUCAAGCCUUCACGGCUACGGACGCGGCAAUGUCCAUCGGCGUCGGGCAAACCAUGGUGGCGAGAGACAUCAAGGACCCUACCGGAGAGUACACCUUCACAGAUGGCGUCGGCAACAUGUCACCGAGGCUGGCCGACGAGAUCUGGGCGCAGCUGCAGAUGCGCCGUCGGCAAGGACGUAGAGGAAAAUUGCCUCCACGAGCGUACCAGAUUCGCUUCCAGGGAUCCAAAGGGAUGCUCAGUGUCGACUACAGACUACCUGACAGAGCCAUUGUCAUUCGCCCUUCGAUGAUCAAGUUCGAGGACAACCUCUCUCUGGACAUCGAGAUCGCGAGGGCGUUCGACAAGCCGACUCGCUUCUACCUCAACAGGCCGCUCAUCAUGCUCCUAGAAGGAGUCGGGGUUCCGUACGAGGUGUUUCGCGACUUACAAGACGACGCCGUCCGAGAAGCGCAGAGGGCAACUAUAUCGCUCCAAGCGUCGGCCAAGCUCCUUGAGGCACAUGGCCUCGGAACAGCUUUUCGUCUAACUUCGACCAUGCUCAGCCUUCACAAGCUCGGCUUGCAGCCUCCGAAGGACGACAUCUUUUGGAGACACAUGAUGGACUUCGCAAUUAACCACGUCCUGCGGGAACUCAAACAUCAAGCGAGGAUCCCCGUUCCUGGAGAUGACAGCUGGGCACUGGUCGGGGUCGCGGACGUACAUCAUUACCUGCACGAAGGCCAAGUGGUCCCGGCCGUUACCUUCGGCCUCGGGGGAGGUGAUUUGGAUGGAGAUCUGUAUCUGGUCACUUCGCGGGCGGAGCUGCUACCGCAGGAGUCAGAGGUUUGGUCCGCGGCCGCAUACAAGGCCGCCCCACGGAAGAUGCUUCCCUACGAGAGCACGAUGGUCGAUGUAGCCGACUUCGUCGCCGAGUACAUCAUCAGCGACACGGUGGGGAUCAUCGCUACCAACUGGCUAUCGUUCGCAGACCAGGAGCCGGACGGGAUCGAGAGCACAGAAUGUCUCGCGUUGGCGGAGCUGCACAGUCUCGCUGUGGACUACCCGAAAUCCGGCCAACCUGUGCCGACGAGUCGCAUCCCUCAACCCCCUAGGGAUUUCAAGCCUGACUGGAGUGCCCCGGAGACAAGUGGCGCAACAGGCCCGAGAUACUACGAGAGCGACAAGGCGAUUGGCAAGCUUUUCCGCAGAAUCGAUCUGCCCGCUUUGCGCACCGUAAGGACCGCUGUGAACUACCAACAGAGGCAUAUGGGUCAUGGAACAGACGAACAGCGGAUACGCGUCCUGGGAGAGUAUCAGAACUAUCGAUCGCCGGGCACCGCGCUCUGGAAGGCUGUUCAAGGCAAAGUGUCACAGCUCAUCAAUCCACACCAUUGCCACUACGACGAAGUCUUUGCGCUGUGGGAGCUCUACCGUAGCUACGUCACUGCUCUGCACAACAUCUGCAUGGAGAACACGCUCUCGCUCGCCUCCGACGCUAUGCUGGCCGAGGAGGAAGUAAUGAUUGGAACGAUCGUCGCGCAAACCGCGGUGCGAAAAAGAAGAAAGGAUCUUAUGUCGCAUAUACGGGAACAGACCUCCAACAUUGUCGCGAGCAUCCGGGGCGAGAUCGAAGGAAGGAGUGACCUCACAGCAGAACAGAGUCUGCAGCGGGCCUGGUGCGCGUACCGGCUAGCCACGAUGGAAGGUGACGUGUUCGGGGCGCGGAGCUUCAGCUGGAUCGCUUUGAACUGUGUUUUCGAAGCAAUUAAGGAGGCUGAGGGGGAAGUGGGUGCAGUGUAUAGCGGAAUCGUGACGGUCCUGUAG